AAAGAAUUUGAAUUUGAAUUUGCGGGCUGGCGAGCUAACUGCUAAUUCACGUAGCGAUCAUUUUAAGAUUUAACUCGCCCCCCAAACCAUGGCGUCGUAUACUUUACAUCCCGGCUUUGACUCUCCAGCGAAGGUGUUUGCGAAGCUAAAAUCAAAAGUUCAAAAGGAAGCGAUGCUCGCGCAGGAGGGAGCUUUUGCAUGCGACAACGUCAGAGAGCAACGUGGAGCCCAGUUCAACUCUCCCAGGAAGAAAACUGCGAACCCAUGGACGAUCGACGAGCUCCAGGACAACCAGAGGUUUGACUCUUAUUGCAACGAGGCCCAGGCUUUGACUCUGUCUCCCAUUUCCAGUCCUCAAAAAGCCUGCGGUUAUUGCAGACCCCUGGAGGACACCUCUCCAGUUGGAGUACGAGGGGGCAGAGCGUUCCUGGAGUCGACGGCUGUGUCCCAGCCUCUGCCUUUGGCCAUCAGAGAUCAGCCCAGCAAAGGGACACCUCAGAUCAGUGACUUGAAUGGCUUCAUUGUGUCCAGCAAUACUGCAGUGAAGAUGCAACCAACAGGAAACUGUGGAAGAAAUACCUUUGAUAAGGAAGAUGUCCAUUUCUGUCCAUCCACUGAAUUAUCCCCAAUGAGGACCAGGUUAAGGAAGAGGACCUGUAAGGAUCCGGUGUCUAAUAAAAUCAGCAGAACCGCUGAGAUAAAAAGAAAACCACCUUCCACUGAGGAUUACACCCUCAACAAGACUUAUAUGCAGGAUUUGGAUGGUAGAAGGUUCCCUGUUGACCAAUCAGAGAUGACCCAAGAUGCUGUCACAACAAGAUUAAUUUCGCACAUGCGUUGCGAUGUUGUUUUGGAAAAAUUACCAGUAAUGUCCCCAGCCAAGAUGUUUGCUUCCAUGAAAGAGAGGGAGAAGAACAAAAAGGAGAGACGAGAAGUUCCCAACAGCAGCAGAAGGGAGCUUUUCGAUGGAGAUAAAAGGAGAUUGCACGAGUUCGGAGACACUUCUGUCCUUAUGGCUCAGAGUAUGAGUGAAACAGAAGAGAGCACGUUAAAAUCCACUCCUGAAGCAACGAUGCCUGUUGACUCCACUGAUGGCCAGUCAAACACUGAUGACUCACCAUCACAACCUAUUCUGCUGGAAGACCCGCUUGUGAUCAACUCCCCCCAUAUCUUGAUACCCAAGAAAGACAAGGGCGUGUUCAGACGCAACCACUGGCCUCAGCAGAAAAGGUUCCCAGUUGAGAGUGUGGUUUAUCUUAAAAGGUGGUUCCUGAGAAGAAACGAGAAAGGCCUGUUUGUGGAUGGAAUCCAUGGGGAAGACAACAUACCGUGGAACAGUAACAUCAUUGUGGAAAGAGUUUCCAGUUCGGUGCUGAAAACCGUCUCUGGCAGGGUUUACAUCUUAGUUGGGAAGAUGAAGAUGAAUCUCGCCUCUGAUUUUCCAAGAAGUUUUGUGAAAAAGUUUGUUUGUGGUUUCCCUCCAAACUGGAACAUUCUUUUUGAGAAGUUUCUGUUGGAGUCCAAAAAUACUGACACAAAGAACUACAACAAAAAGAAGGCUGAGGCCUCCAUCAACCAGUCUGUAAAGAGAAAGACACAAAAAUCCUCAAAGACACCUGCUUCCUGUUCUCCUGCCUCCUCCUCCUCUUCCACGCAAGUGACUCGAAGUGGUCGAACGAUCAAACCACCUCUGGAGUAUUGGAAAGGAGCGAGGGUCAUUCUCGAUGCACACAUGAACGUUACCAUCCAUGAGUCUUAUGACGGUAGUCAGUCUGUAAGCACCCAAAGCUGCAGCCUCUUCAAAUGUAAUGCCAAGGUGUUUUGUUUGAAGCAAAGUGAAUCAGCCAAAGACGAAGAGGCGUCGAUACCAGUGAGGAAGUCGAGAGCGCAGAGUAUUCGAAACACAACUAAGAAGCCUGCUGAUUUACCUGAAUCCACCAAUGAAGACGAAUGGACCGAGGGGGAACUCAUGAAGCUUCAAGACGCUGUAUCCUACUAUCCAAAGCACUUAACAGGCUACUGGGCAAAGGUGGCACAGGUGGUGGGAACACGCUCAGCAGAGGAUUGCUACAAGCAGCACAUAUUUCAGGGAACAUCUGAGGAUCCUAAAAGAACUGGGAAAGUCACAAAGAAGAAAGUGGAAGCAUCAAAACCUUCAGGUUCCCAACCCUCCUGUAAUAAGUGA